CCCACAGCAGAUCCUCAUUUAUUACAGGAGACCUGCUCUCUAUGCAGACAGACAGACAGACAGACAGGUGUCUGAACGACACCAGAUCUUCAGUUUAAUACCAGAGACUUGUUCUCUACGCAGACAGAGACAGACAGACAGACAGGCGGACAGACAGACGGGCGUCUGAGCGACACCAGAUCUUCAGUUUAAUACAGGAGACCUGUUUUCCAAACACACAGACAGACAGACGGACAGACAGACAGACGGGCGUCUGAGCGACAGCAUGAAGCUGAGGAAGCCCCUGCUGGCGGCGGUCCGGCUGGUUCUGCCCACGGCGGGUCUGGGUCUGAUCUGCGGGGGGGCGUAUGUGAACUCUCUGGGGGGGGGGGACCUGCUGAGGGAAAUCUUCACCUACCUGCUGAUCAUCCUGGGCUUCGUCCUGCUGGUGGGGGGGGUUCUGUGGUCCCUGGGUCACGGGGUGAAGGGGGUUCUGGUGAAGUGGUCCGGGGGGAGGAUGCGCCACACUGACGUUCAGGUGUUCACGGUGGACAGGAUGAAUUUUCCUCCGUCGUAUGAAGAAUCUCAGAUCAGAACCGAGGCGGCUGAGGGAACCGGACCCGUCCCUGCGGUACCGCUCUGGCCCGGCUUAGCCCCGCCCAUCUACACCCAGACCAGCUUCGAGACCCUCACCGAGGACUACAGUCACGAGGCCCCGCCCACCUAUGAGCAGGCCAUCAGACAGAACCAGAUCCAGAACCAGAGCCUAAACCAGAACCAGGCAGCACCAACAGACCAGCAGGACAUCCUCCAGAACCAGAAUCUGAACCAGGUCUCACCACAAACCAUCACCAGCCUACAAUCCAACAUCUUCAUAGAGCCGUUCUGAUCCGGCUCAGUCUGAGAGAUGAGAGACCCAGACGCAGUUCGGGUCAAAGACGAUUGGAUGCUUCUUCAGGAUCUUCAGGAUCUACAGGAAGUGACGGGAUGAAGAACUCUGGCGUGGUUCUGAGACGACGGACCCAAAGUGUGUAAGAGGACAGAAAUGAUGGGACAUAACGGACACACAGCAGCAGAACACUGUUGAACAUCGGCCCAUUGGAAACUAUUAACAGACUAACAGAGUUUUCCAGAAGCUCCUCAAUGUUUACAACAGCUUUACUACAUUAUAACUACACUGCGAUACCACAUCGUCCACCGUCCGGGCGAGUUAGCUGAGCAACAAUAAAGGGCUAAUGGAUAAAGGUGAUACUCGUAGAACAUUGACAAAGUGAAUCCGAAAAAGAAAACUUCAAGUGCAGUAACCGCAAAGACCAUAAAAAUGUUAUGAUGAUGGAACUGGCACUCAUCAGGACUGCUUCAGGAAAGGAAGAGCGAGAGUUUCCUCUGUUGUACAGGAUAAGUUAAUCAGAGUUUCCAGCCUCAGAAACCACAAGUUAACAAACAGCUCCCCAGAUAAGAGUAUCUAAAUACUUCACAGAGUAUUUUAGUUUGUUUAACACUUAAAAAAUAUUCUCAUUUAGAGCAUUUAUUUACAGAAAAUGAGAAAUGUCUGAUGAAAAAAGAUGCAGAGCUUUCAGACCUCAAAUAAUGCAAAGAAAACAAGUUCAUAUUCAUAAAGUUUUAAGAGUUCAGAAAUAAUCAAUAUUUGGUGGAAUAAUCCUGGUUUUUAAUCACAGUUUUUUCAUGCAUCUUGGCAUCAUGUUCUCCUCCACCAGUCUUACACACUGCUUUUGGAUAACUUUGGAUUCAUUUAAGCAGUUCAGUUUGGUGGUUUGAUGGUUUGUGAUCAUCCAUCUUCCUCUUGAUUAUAUUCCAGAGGUUUUUAAUUUGAUAAAAUCAAAGAAACUCAUCAUUUUUAAGUUGUGUCUUAUUUUUUUCUAGAGCUGUAUAUGGAAAAUCUGGAGAUGAUCAGGGUGUGAACUGUCUCUUUCUGUAAAUCCUUCAUUAAUGUCUCUUUAUCAAUAGGUCACUGUAUAUAAGCCUGUAUUUACAGCAUUUAAUGUGUUGUUUGUUUGUAUUAAUAAAUAAUUACAGUGAUAAAUUACA